CCAAUCCGUGGCUGUAGUUGUAAUUUCAAACUGCUAUCUUUACAAAACAAUAAAUUGCUGAAACGUGCUCAUAGUCGAAACGCAAAGUAAUUUUCAAUUUUAUUACGAGUAUGAGCGCCUGUAACGUUGAAGUAAUUAAACGAGUGGGGAGAUACUACAAUGUAUCUGUGGGGACAGUGUGUUUUAAUACGGAUAAGGUACUCACAACAGUAAUUAAUAAACAAAGUAUAGAGGGGUUUGCAACCAUUGUUUUGAAGUUGGCUUCUCUUAGUGGGCUUCAGCUGAGCCAGGAAGAGAGGUUGCUUAGUUAUCAGUGGCUGGAACACAUUGCUAUGUAUGCGAACCAGGCUGCAGCCAACCCUGUGUUUGCACUGGGAUUUUUGAAGGACAUAAACAAGGCACUAGAAAAGACCACCUACCUAACUGGACAGAAAUUAAAUGUUACAGAUGUAGCAGCAUACUAUGUCUUAUAUCCAUUGAUAGAGCGGCUAUCAGUGUCAGAACGUGAAUCAUUCAUGCAUGUAUGCAGGUGGAUAAAGCACAUACAAGCUCAACCAAAAAUUUGUACCAGCCAGCCUCUCCCACUGAACACUCUGAAUCUCACAAUUUUAGCCCCAGCAGUACAUUGAUUGCAAAUAGUUUAAGCUUUUAUGAGCAUUUCAAUACCAAAACAAUUAAGUUUUUAAUUAUUGAACAGUUAUUGCCAACAUAAAAAAUUAAGACUGUAAAAGUAUUAAUAGUAGUUGUGAG